CGCGCCGAUGAGCUAGCGCUACGUCGUAUCGAUGCAUAUAUAAUCACCUAUCAUUGCCUACGCUGUCCUUGCGUUCCCCUUUUCGUCCAGCUGCGCGCACCAAGAGUCAUUGAACGGCCUCACGAGCGUCGUGAGUAAUAGACAGUCGUACUAAGCGACUCGCCAACCGACGACCGGGACGGCACAUCUUGGCUUGUCCAGUAGCAAGCAUACGUACCGGAACUCAGUAAGGUGUCUUCACCGUCGAGGAUCGGCUUGGCCAUCGCACACGUGCACGACUCCUUGCCACUUUCAUCAGUGCGGCAGCUCUCUCGAAUCGCCGUAGCGUAUACUGCGUCCUGCGGAAUGGACGGAGACGGGUUGAUUGCAGCCGCAACGUCCGAAUGCUCAUCUCACGGACCUUCGAUUCCACGGCUUCCUGUGGAGGUCUGUGAACGGAUCAUCGACUAUAUAGCUGCGGGAUGGGAUAUCAAAUACAUUACUGCAACUGGCCAGCCACAUCUGACUACUCUCACAUCCUGCGCGCUCGUAUGCCAAGACUGGUACUUCCUGACGUGGUACCAUCUGCGUCGACGCAUUCAUCUCCGAGACCGGAAGGACGUCCUCUCGCUCUUCAAGACACUCCGCGCAAAACCGCGCCUCCGUGAGGUCAUUCAACAGGUCGUUAUAUCAGGUGCCGCUCCUGGGGAACGUCAAGCAAUUCGACACCUGGGGACGUUUGCCGCCCUGCUCGCGGGCAAGACUCUGAUGUUGUCGAGUAUCACCAUUGAGGAUGCUGAAUGGACCAUCGGCUCGGUCCGAACGGAGGACAUCGACUACCUGGCUGCGUUCAGCUCCAUUGAGACUCUGAUCGUUCGCAAUGUCACCUUGUCGAGCGUUACUCAGCUGUCCCGCCUCGUGGCAGCACUCCGGGGGCUUGUGGUCUUAUGGUGCUACAAUGUUGACUGCGUGCAGAAACAGCAAGUCUCCCCGGCUUCUCUCCCACUCAACUGUGCAAAUCUUGAGGAUCUCGGAGUGGUAUGGGUUGCACCAGCCGUCGAGGACCUCUUCGUGCAAAUCAGCCGGGCUUCUCGAGUGCGCAGUCUCGAAAUUGGGGUGAACGGGGAGUUGGAUCCAUCCUCGGCAGCCAGCAGAAGCCAGAAUUUGCUGGAUGCGAGUUCUACAUCUGCAGAAUCGGCUGUGCUCUAUAUUGCUCCCGAUUCUCCUGUUCGUGAUGGUACAAUCGAAGCCGUGGUCGGAAAGUUUUCUCAGUUGUCUAUAUGGCAGUCAAUCGGCUGAUUGUUUCGUACCUACAGAAC